AUGGCAACUGAUCCCAUGCCGGUGCUAUUCUUCUUGCUUCUGAUCCAUUUCCAAUUCUAUCACUCCUCACAUUUAGCAUCUACUUUUCCUCUUCCUGCAAUCGCCUCUUCGUCUCAGACCAAUCUUGCCCACAUUGCAGCAAGUGAGAACUGGAAUUUGAAGGAUGUAAGAAUUUCCGAGUUGGGCGUUGGGGAGGCGAGGUUUGACACCUCCCAGAUCUACGAAAUCUCUAUUAAGUUGGGCAAGAGCCAGUUUGCCACUAUCAAAUUCUCGGACACAUUUGUGUCUUGGAGCAAAUUUAGAAAGCCAAAAUCCGAUUUAUACUCUGAUUCAUGGAGUUACUCCCGGGCUGUACUGGAUACCUUGGAAGUGGAAGGCAUCACAUUACAAGUCAGAAAAGCUCUAGAAGUGUCCUUCCAUUACUCUUCCAAUUAUGAUCUGCCAAUGGAUGGAAGCAUGACGUUGGACGAGUAUGCGAAACGAAACCCUGGUUUACGCAUAACUACUGUUUCUAUAUCACAGGAUGCCAUUCCGCUGCUUCCAGAUAAGAGUCUCCGCGGUGCUCGCAAGUACAAUAAGCGAUCGUGCUCUUUUCAUCCUUUGAGUAUGAGAAUGAGUAUUGGUGAAAAAGUUUGGAGGAGCCUCGUGGGGCCUAGGCUGCUUGAAAAUCCCGUGUCUGUUUCCUUGGAUGCAAGCAGAAAGGCAUCAGCUGCUGUCAAACUCCCCAAAGGAUUGGAAAGAGAGGUCAGAAGAAAUUACAGACGUAGAGAGGAAGAGGAGGCAUGGCACAAUCGCGAGAGGCGCAGAGUUGAAUGGGUUCGGUUUGAGAUAGCGGCCAGAGUGGAGGCUGACCAGCUGAAGCCUCUUGCCUUCAAGAAAUCCAGACCCAUUCUCUACUGGGAAGAUAUGAAUUCCAACAAGUCCUCCGGGACUUGGUAUCCUGAUCACGUUCCUUCUUAA